UCUAGCUUAAUUAGUGUGCUAACUACCAUGGCCUACUCAAAGCUUUUCUCUCUUCUCCCUCUGCUUUCCAUUGCUGUCAUCCUUGCACUGCACACACCCAUGGCGACUGCCCAACUCCGCGCUUUCUGUGCAAACUUUGCAACCUUCCAUCCCAAUUCCCGCUACGAAAAAAACUUAAACACACUUUUGGGUAAUCUCUCCUCCAACACACCACGCAACGGUUAUAGCUCCGGCUUCGCCGGUAAAUGCACCGACAGAGUCUACGGCCUCGCUCUCUGCCGUGGCGACACCACCACCGAAGAAUGCAAGACUUGCGUAGCCGACGCCACCACCAGGAUACGUCAACUCUGCCCCAACAACAAUGGCGGCAUCGUAUGGUACGAUAAUUGUCUUCUCAAGUACUCGGAGGAUGAUUUCUUUGGGGAGAUUGACAACGUGAAUAAGUUCUACAUGCAAAACCCGGUAGAGGCGAAGGAUCCGAAGGCAUUCAUGCAGAAAACGAAAGAGCUGUUGACCCGACUGGCGGAUAGUGCGGCGCUGCUGAAGAGCUCGUACGCGGCGGAAUCGCAGGAUAUCGGGGGAUCGGUGACGGAGUACGCGAUGACUCAGUGCACCAGAGAUCUCUCCGGCGAGGAUUGUAAGAAGUGCCUCUACGACUCCAUUGCAGAGCUUCCACAGUGCUGUGGUACUGCCAGAGUGGGAGGGAGAGUUAUCGGAGGGAGUUGCUAUUUUCGAUAUGAAACUUAUCCUUUUUAUAACGGUGCUCAUUGAAAUUAAAUACACACAAGAAAGUAUCGGAAUAAAUGUUACCUCGCUUCUUUAGUAUGUUAUCUGUAUAAAUAAAAAGGGCGCCCCUAGUGUAAGAGCUGUCCCUAAUAUAAUCAAGUCUUGAGUCAUCAGACUGGGUUAUAUCACUUUUAAUUUGGUCCUUUGACCUCUGUAUUUCUACUUUUAAUUAAUCAAAGAGUUUAAAUCUGUUAUUGGAUUUAAUUUGAUCUUUAA